AUGGACAGUGUGUAUGAGCUCUCCUCCACAGAAAGGGUACAGCAGUUAGAGAAAGACCUGGCGGGGAAGUUAGGCGAACUGAAGGAUGAGCUGGAAGAACAGGGGGCCCUUCCACGAACAACUAACUGGACCUUCAGCUCUGUUCAAAUACCAAAGGAUGUCGCUCACUUCAGACGCGAACGGGAAGUGGCUCUGAAGAGAACCCUCGGGGUGGCGGAGUGCAAGCCCCUUGUUAUUCAGGCAGAUGUCCUGCAGAGGGAGCUAGAGAGCUGCCUAAGAAGAGAGUACACGCCGGAAAAUCUUCCUCUGCUUCUGCUGCAGCAUUACACAGAGAGAAUUACGCAGCUGGUCCAGAAUAAAUAUUUGCACAUGCUGAGGUGGAGGCGGCUCUGCCAGACCAGCGGGACCAUGGAAGAACUCCACCCUCUUUACAAGAAACAAGUAGGCUACAUCAUGCAGGAGUUCAAUGAUGCAGUUCAGAGAGCAGAGAGAUUGGCGGUUGCUAGGGAGAACUUUCUUAUGGGAAAAAGCAAUCCUCCCCACCUGGUGACGCCAGAAGACCUGACCAUCUACACCAGGUGGUUAGUGUGUCACCUGCACUCGCUCGGGACCAUCCAUCAUUACCUACAGGUUCUCCAGUACGUGCCCAUCUCCAGAGCCCUGCAGAGUCCAGCUGAUAACCAAGUCUCUGAACUUAGUGAGGAAAAGGAAAAAGAAAAAGUCUGUGUCGCUGACCUUAACUCUGAAUCUCCUGGUCCUAUGGAUGCCAGCAUUUCAGGGCCAGGAAGAACACGUGCUACGUUUGUCCUGCCUCAGCAUGUGACAGAAAAGGAACAACUAAAACCUCAGCUGAGGCACCUGCUCUCGCAUUUCCACGUCCUCUAUGACUUACAAAAGCUGAGUGACUCCGCCAAGGAGAUGGAACUCUUCUCUUUGGUUUCUCAGAGCUUCCAGAGCAUCUUCAUGGAGCAGCAAAGGAUGCGAACAUUCCCAGACUACGAGGCUGGGAGAGCCAGUGUGCAGAAUUUGUCAGGACCUGCUACUACCCUGAAAAAGAGAGCAACCUGGAUUCCCUUCGUGAAGGUCAAGCCGAAGUGUGAUCCCUGGCAGAAGAAGAUGCUUACCAGACUCAAAGAACGUAGAAGAACAGAUGAACUAAUGCAACUCCAGUCAAAGAUUUUGAAGAUCUCUGACCCUGUGAAAGUCAUGCAAGUGCUCCAGGAACACGCUGCAAGGACAGUGACUAUGGCUCCAUGUCACUCAUCUUUCAUGACUUCUCAGGCUUUGCAUUUGUGCAACUAUGAUCAAGUCUGGCAGAAUAUUUAUAGCAACACCAAGCUCUACCAGAAUGAAAACGUGAAGGAUGAUGGUCUUUCAGUGGAACCAAGCGAUGAGGACCUCGCAAAAAUACGUCUCAGUCAAAGUUCUGACGGGUCUCUCAAGCAGAGGACAGAAACAGGAUACAACUAUGCUGUGGCCCUACAACUGCUGGGCUUGAGUGAUGGGACCGAGCCUGACCAGAAUCCUGUCCUGACGAGAGGGGCCUACUUGUCCUUCCUGUGUCUGCGCCACCUCCACAUCCGGGAGCUACAGCGCAUCUGUCUAGGAGUUCUUAACUACUUCAGAUCCGUUGAGCGAACUUUGACAAUUAACACUUCAGGCCUUACCUUGGUUUCAGGGAAACUGGUCCCCACCGUGGGAGAUAAUUCUUGGAUAAAUAUGGCAAAAGGAGGCCUGGGCACCUCGCAAGGCCUGGGAGAUCACCACUAUGUCCACAGGACACCUGCUGAGCACAAGGUCCAUGGCGUGCAAUUCCUGGAGUUCUCGGAAGUUGAAAAUCAGGAUGACUUUCAUAGCACACAAGCUGGCUGUGUCCACACCCAGGACCAGCUCGGCCUGUAUGUCAUGUAUGACUACGCCCUGCAGGAUCUGAAGGAGCUGGAGUCAGAGCUGCUGCUUAUUGCCAGCCAUUACAUUGAGAAAGAGAAAAGUCACAGAGAGGAUGGCAAGUCUGAGAACAGACAGCGCUGGGGCUGGGCCCAUGCCAAUGUGGACAGAUUUGCUGUGCUGUAUGACCUGUGGACCUGGGAAGCCAAUCUUCUAGAGAGCAAACGCCAGCUUCUUGACAGUUACCUUGAAGCCUACCAGCACACGCUGGACCCUGAGGAGGGGUUCACUUUAGCACAAGCGAUGACUGACAUUAUUCACCGGCGCCCCAAGUUCGAUCUCGGCCACUCGUAUUUCACUAAGGCCUACCAAGAUGACUGUGCCUGCCUGAGGCUUCACCGGCAGCUAGUGAGGAGCGUCCUCAGCCACCUCCUUGAGCAGCAGCGGGAAUAUGUCCGGAGGCUCUGGCGAGGAGAUCAUCCCGAGGCUCACAAGACAUUCGGACUUCCCCCGAACAUAAUUUGCAAGCAGUUUGUUUCCAUCAACAACAGCUGCCCAGCCUCAGAAAAUGUCCAUCUGUUGGAGCUCCACCCUUCCCUUGGCCUGGUUGGGCUCAUCCCCAAAGCCCUGGAGCACCUGUUUCGUGAGGCUCGCCACUCCCACAAGCCUUCAUCACCCAGUGGGCUCGCCCAGCUGGAACAACGUCUCUUGCAGCUUGCCCUGGACCUGUGGCUCACCCCAGCCAAACCUGAGGCCUGGUACAGCGCACAGCUCCAGAGAGAUCUCUUUUCAGCUAAAGUGAUGGGGGAUCCCUUUCUCGUGGAGGAGGUGGGCCUGCUUGCACUCAGGUCUGCAGUGGACAAAGAGCAGAAACAAGGCCAAGAUUUCCACGCAUUGCUCCUGGAGACGUUUUCGAAUCUCCUGGAACUCCUAACCCUUCGUCACCGGCUGAUAGAAAUGAAUGUGGAGAGUGCACACUUGGCUCGGCUAUAUAAGGAACUGGCACAGGAGAUGGGUUUUGAAGAAUUCCAUUUGUAUAUGAGGCCUGUUCCCUUUGAGUUUGUAUCACACAAGGACAAGGUGGACCUGCCCCCUCCUGUCUUUAUGACAUCUCUGCUGGAGGACAGCAGUCAAGUGGACAGGUACUCCCCCACUGCCCUGGUCUUGGCCAUCACUGAGCUGGGUGAUAACCAAAUUGGCAAGUUCAGUUUUUAUACAAAAGACGCCAUCCUCAAGCUCUUGUUCCACUCAGGAGUGGAAAAUAUGCAAAUGUCCCUUGCAUGCCAGGCGACUCAGAAGAACGCUUUGAUGGCAGCCAUUCAACAGGCAGCCUUCUACGACAUCCCUGGAACAGACAGUCCUGGUGAUGCCAAGGAAACAAGUUCAGCUCCAAGGCAUCAUGGCAGGAUGAGUCCAGCCAGAAGAGGUUCCAGAACUGAAAGUGGCAUAGAGUGUUUGCUAUCAGCCCCAACUCCAAAAGCUCCAGACACCCUUACUCAUUCUUCAGGACUCAAGACUACCAAAAGGGUUCCAGAAGCCUUCGUGUCUAUUCAACUAGAAAAGGUGGGUUUUCGGGACUUGAUGCUGAACACCUUCAUACACAGAAAGCAGACGAUGGCUGACAGGAUGGAGAGCCCUGACGACAUUGAAAAAAUCAAGAGGGAACUAAUAGUUGAAUAUUGCCAAAAGUUGAAUGACCACAUGUCUCACUAUGCCCUUCGGGGUCAGAUCAUGGCAUACUGCAAUAGCCUGAGAGUUCUGCUGGACGACUUUCCUACCAUCAGGGAUACCUUCUUCAUGGUGGGACAACCAAGUGAAAAGAAGGGCUUGAAGGACUCCAGUGGGGAAUUCAAGGCUGACCCCAGGAGUUUUCAGCGUCGGCCUCGGAGUCUGCUGUCGGCUGAUGGAAGAGUCUUCCUCAACUUAUGGUUUAUCCCCCAUCCUUCCGAAGUGCUGUGUAUGUUCAAAACUCUGCCAGAGGAGGCAGCUUUUAGAGCCCUGAAACUGACUCUCCAGCUUGUAGCUCCUCUCCACGACAUUGUGGCCUACCUUUUCAGUUUUGCCAAGCUUGGCAAUUUCCCAGCAUGCUUCGACUCUCCUCUAAGUCCUGGCCCUUUGAGGAAUGACUGGGGAGGACCCGAGGGCAUUGGGUCUGAGCUUCAAGAACUGCAGAAAAUGAUUGAUAGUCUCCUGAGCCCCCAGGACCCAAGCCAGGUGGCCCAGGCCCUCCUCCUCCGAAGGGAGGUGACGUGGCUGCAGUUCGAUGCUGCCAUGAGACAUCUCCUCCGGACAUUUUUGGCAGCAGGAAAUGCUCCGGCCCACCAGUCUGUGGCAGAUGGUGUGUGCCAUGGUUUGCCACCACUGAGCAACUGUCUCAGGAGGAGCAUCUUUUCUUCACAGCUCAGCCUGCCCCAGCCACUGGAUCCACGGAGCCCCCGGGCAUUUUCAAUGUUCCCAUGGAGGGCGUUUCUGGAAGACGGUGGACCAUUUCCGGUUAUGAGCAGCAUCCCAAACACCUUAGAGUAUGACAUGCAGAUGUGUCUUUGUGGACUGAGUGACCGUGACCGCAAAGUGGCCCACGUGGAGCUGGUGGGUGUGCAGGCGCUAAUGGAAGACGUACUUCUGAGUGGCUCUCACGUGAUCACGGAUCAUUCUCCUGAACGGCAAGCCACACAAUACAAUACACAGUUAGAUUGGUCCAAACGUCUAGGACUCUGCCCAAGUCAGUUGGAAAGUCAUGCCAAGGCCUCAGCGUUGCUGGAGGGCCCGUGUGAGGCAGUGAUGCCCUUUGCUCUGCUGAAGUGCUUCCUAGUCCUGUGGAAGCAACUGGAAGUGCUGAAGGAACACUGGGGCCGACUCAAGCUUCAAGGCCAGGAGAUCAACUCUGCCCCCCUCCACAAACAGUUCUCAGAGCUCUAUGAAGCUGACAUUUUCUACCCCAGCAUGAAGGCUUUAGCCAGGAGGGUGGGCAAAGAAGAUGAAUUUGAAGAACUUAUCAUAAGAAGCCAAUCUAUUCUUCCUCCAAUGGGAGCCUCGGAAAUUGAAAUAAAAGCUCAGCAGCUCCAGAAACUUCUGGAAAGUUUAGAAAUUCAUAUGAUCCAAGAGGUAAUGAGGAAAGUUAGUAGAGAGAUGACCCUUCUUCUAUCAGAAAAAUCCAACAAGGAGCCUACCCUCCCAACAGACCUUUGGAAACACCAAGUCAUGAAAGAAAACUUCUCAGUUGUGAGACCCCAGAUAGUUGAGAGAUUUGUACAGAGACUAAUGGAGAGUUCCCAAGAGGAUGGACCCGAGAUCACUUUCAGGAGGGACCACCUUGAAGCCUGCCUGCUCUCCCUGGGGUGUGAUGUGAUGGCAAGAGAACGCAGCAACUUUGAGACCUACUCCAUGUGUUAUGAGCAUGUCCUGCAACAUGCCAGGGAGAAGCUCAGCCAGAGGGAGCAGGAAGUAGACUUGCUUCGGAGAAGUCAGCUUCCUCCUGAAGACUGUGCUGGCCAGGUUGCAGAGCUCAGUCAUGACCUGAUCAUGGAAAUCACCGCUCUGAGAGCCCAGCUCACAGAUCUGGAAGAGGAGAGUCUGAACCUAAAAAACCAGAUUAGAAAAGAAAUUCAGGAGGAAUACAGAUCAUUAGUGCAAGCUUUGUUUAUGACCUGUGUACACAUAAAGGAGAAACUGGAUGAGAAUCAGUUUAAUUUGAUCCAGAAAAUGUGUGAGCUCAUCGGUGAAGUGAGAGCCGAAGGGAUUGCCAACAUAAAGCAGCUGAAGAAAGCCUGGGGCUCUGCCAGACCUGAGGAAGGAGCAAAAGAGAACACAGCCGAAGAGCAGCUGUGCCCCUUGGAGCAGGCCAGCAGCGGCACCCUGGCUGCUAUAGUGUGCAAAAUGCAGAGCCUGGGCCGCUGGCGCCUGGCUGUGCAGCAGGCUCGCCUUACAGGUCAGCUGAGCAGGGCAGAGAAGGAAUCUAUUCACAGCCAAAGAGAAUGCUUGAGAAUCAAGCUCAUGGCCGAGCAAGAAGUGGGUUUACUUCAUCAGCAACUACUGGCUGCGAGGCAGGCCCUGGCCGAAGCUCACACUGACAACAGGAAGCUCAGGCAGCAGCAGGAUACCCAGGCUCAACUGCUGAGGGAGUUGGAACACAGAGUGACUCAAGACUCUGUCACUCGGCAGCAGCUAGAGAUCAUAAAAACAUCUGGCAUGGAGAAGCUCCUAGAAGACGUGGAGCAAAAGGAGCAACAACUGCAGCUCCUAACAGCAGAGGCUGAGCGGGCUUCAAAACUGGGCCAGCUGCGGUGGAGGAAAAUGGACAGAGACCUGCAGCAGAUGAGAAGCCGGCUAGCUCAGGAGCGCAGUGUGAAGCUAGAUGCCUUCCACCGUGUGCGGGAGCUGCAGAGUCAGCUUCAUGACAUGGAGCAGCCAUCUCUCCAGAUGGGCUCCUCGAGUGGGCUUAUAUCCCAGAUCCACUGCCCCCUAAACUCUGCUUCAGCAUUAUCUAGAUGCUCUCACCAUUUUCCAAAGACCAAUCUUCCUAGCAAUAAAAUGACAAGACGGACUCAAAGACCAAAGACUGUACCAAUUAAGAACAAAAGAAGGAUUGAUGAUGGCUUUCUACCCAAUGUGGCAGAAAAUGUUCAACUUACAACUUCCCAAGUCCAAACAGCUCCAUCCAGGAUUUCCUUCAGGCAUGAUAGCUUUUCUUCUCAGCAUGUGGCAGACAGUAUUGAAGAACUGAGAUGAAUUCAUCGAGUGUCCAGAUGAAGCCACAUUUGGUUCCAGAUUUGAAAACAUUCAAACACUGGUUUGCAUUCUACAAGCUCUCUCUGGCUCCUGGCUGCCCAGCAGUCUCAGUUUGAGUACUGAGUAACAAAGUAGGCAGAGUGAUCUCAGACAGAAGGCCUUGAUGAUGAGCCAUCCUUGCUAAGAAGUGAAGACCCUGGCCUGGGGCUGGUCAUUGGUUAAUAGUGCUGGCUGCUCUUAGGACCCUCCCUUUAGUUCCAGCUCCCAUUUGGCAGCUAACUAUUAUCUGUAACCCUAGUUCCAGGGGAUCUGAUGCCCUCUUCUGGCAUCUGUGGGUACUGGGCACGUAUGUGGUACACAUACAUACAUGUAGGCAAACAUUCACAUAAAAUAAAAAUAAAUCUUUAAAAAAAAUGUGUUUCUAAAAACCACUAUAUUUCAAUAAAGAUUCAU